AUGGACGACUCAUAUAAUCAACAAGGAUGGACCGGAAGAGACAUUGUUAUCCGCGACAAGAUAUUCAACACCGCCGUAGAGGUUUUUAAGCGUCAUGGAGGUGUGCGAAUGGAUACUCCUUAUGUCGCGUCGCAAGAGAUUUCUCGUCACAAUUUGAGUCCCGAGGCUUUACACUUGCGUGCGCGCGUCCGUCUUUUAGAGUCUAUAGAACGCUGGCUUCUAAAGAACCCAGAGGUUAAAUCUACAAAGCGCUACAUGAUCAUGAGGGACUGUAUUCAGCGGAUUCCUUGCUCUGAUUGGGACGGUAUCGAUCCGUCCGACGGCCCCGAGGAUCCUGUAUGCAACUUCAGUAUUGUCGGUGUACACGACGAUAUUCUUCCCGACGCCGAAAUCUUAGGGACCUUAGCAGAAAUAUUGAGCAAAUUAGAUAUAAACGAUUAUAAGAUAAGAAUUAACCAUCGGAAGAUUGCUGACGGAAUAUUCGAGAGUUGUGGGGUGUCUAAGGAUGCGUCUGCAUCAAUUCGGUUUGCUAUUUCACUGUUGCGGCUAAAGAAGGAGUUCCAAUCGGAUGAUGAUUUCCAGAUAGAACUGGAAAAGCUACUAUCACCGGAGACUGCCCGUAUUCUGUCACAAUACUUAUCUAGAAAAGGGGGGAGGCAUCUUCAGUAUGAUUUGUUACUUGAGGAGGAUUUGACUGUCAAUGAGACCUUCUCAAGUGGGCUCCGUGAAAUGGGACUCCUUUUUUAUUAUCUUGAGAUGUUUGGUGUAAUGGAUAGGAUUGACUUUGAUCUUUCUUAUACCCCACUCGCAGGGAUUGGAGUGGUAUUCAUGGUCGUAGCACCAAAUCCAUCUUUAGAAUCGUCACCAUCUCAAAUAACUAAACCCACCGGAGAUCUCGAGGGUAGUAUCUGUCUAGCAACCGGUAGUCGAAAUAAUUUUAGAAGGGAAAAGGAAAUACAAGUCGUUUCCUUCUCACUUGAUGUGAACAAAACUUUUGAUAUCAUCAAAAAGAAACUAUCGACAUCAUCCCGGAAGGAGAUACGGGAGAGCGAAACCGAGGUGUAUGUUAUGUCUUUCGGAGACGGGCUACUAAGAGAGCGGAUUCAAGUUUGCAAAAAACUUUGGGGCGCAGGUUUUAAGGCUGAAUUUUCGUAUCAAAAAAAACCAGAACUCUCGCACCAAAUGACAACCGCGAGAGAAAGUGGUAUUCCCUUUGCAGUAAUACUCAGCGAACAGCUCCUGCAACAGCAAAAAGUCAAAGUCCUGGAUUUGAGUCUCCGCGAGAGCCACAUAGAGAAAACGGGGGUAGAUGUAAAUCUUCUGGACCUUGCCACAGAAAUCAAACAGAGACUUGAAGAUAAGCAGGAUGAGAAAGAGGAUGAUGGAGAGGGAGACACGGAUAGUGAAUCUACUGAAGAUAUUGACAGUGGUGCUGCUAGUGGCGGAGAGAGGUUUCACGAAAACGUGAAAAAGGUUAAACUUGAGGGUGGGACCGUGGAUAUGGAGGGCAUUGAGAUCGAGAUGGAUUUUGCCAAGAUUACGUCAAAGGGCGCUCAGAUUGAGAGUUACAUGGAACUCAUAACUAGAAUGAAAAGUGUCGUUUGCGCGAGUUGUAUUUGUAAAAUAAACAAAUUGAGAGAAAUUUACUGUUUAACGCAUAAUCAUAAAGAUUCUAAAAAUUUGUGUUUCGUUCAUGAGCUGAAUCCUGAAAAGAUUCCUCCUCGAUUCCUCCUCCCUUUUCAAUAG